CAUUGUUAACUUUGAGGAAGAUAUGAUAGGUCACUGGAUCAUCGACUUUCCAUUGUGUCAUGUUAUCCUGUGUUGUGUCUAAACAUGGAAAUGUAAUAAUAAUAUCUGAGAUUUCCUCUUUUGUUCUCGUUUUCAGUUCAGUCAAGAGUUGGAAAAUGGAAGGGACUGUGUUCACGCCUUGUUUGGAAGGAAUGAAGCAUGUCAAAUCUGAACAAGGCGAGAUGCUUACUAUGCCUUUUCUUGACCUCUGCAAGACCCUCUUCCCUGUUUUAGAUAAGUUUGGAGCUGCUAUGACUAUCGUGAAAUCUGACAUUAGUGGCAACAUAACGAGGUUGGAGAAGAACUACUUGUCUGAUCCAGACAAGUACAAGUACUUGUACACCAUUGUUCAAGGUGAAAUUGAGUCAGGGACAGCAAAAGGAUCGUCUAGUUGUACCAAUGGUCUUCUCUGGUUAACCAGAGCAAUGGAUUUCUUAGUGGAGUUAUGCCGCAACUUGGUAGCACAUCAAGACUGGUCAAUGUCACAAGCUUGUGGUGACUCGUACCAAAAAACACUCAAGAAAUGGCACGGAUGGUUCGCUAGCUCUACCUCUUCUAUGGGUUUAAAGCUUGCUCCAGACAGGAAGAAGUUCAUGGAGGUUACAGCUGGUUCUGGUGACAUCAAUGCUGACAUGGAAAGGUUUUUCUCAGAGUUUGGUCCACUCCUUCAAGAAAAUCACAAAUUUCUGGUAAACAUGGACUUUAAAAACCUCAAAUUAUUGCAAUGUCUUCAGAUUUCAUCACUAGCUUUGAUUCUCAUGUUGUUCUUGUUUUUAUUUAUUCGCAGGCUAGUGUUGGUAUGGACGACAUGAAAGCUGCUUAAGCCACCAUAUGUUUACUGCCUGUCUGGUUUAACUUUUCUUCUUUGGAUUCUAAAACUUGUAGACCCACCAAAAGAAACAGAAUAGUGUGUCCAUUUCUAGCUGAAUGUUGUUCACUUAA